AUGACAGCGGGCGGCAUCCAAUUUGUCCGGGGCCAAUUGCGCCGCCUCGACCUCAAGUGGCACCUCCCUCGCACCUUCGGAAUUCUCUUACUUAUCACCACCGUCAGUCGUACGAGCGGAGUCGUCACGACCUGCUACUUGGCGGCAUUUCUCGCCGGCAUCAUCUUCACGUUCUCGGUGCGAUGGAUUUGGAUCGCGAUGGGACUCGUGUCGUUGGGUGGAGUCGCCGGACAAUGUGUUGUGGCAGGAUGGCCCACCCUCGGGUCGAACGACUGGAUCCUACUUGCUGGGCUCCAAGUCACUCCGUACAACGUUUCGUUGGAUGCCAUCGUGAUGGUCAUGUCCGCAUUGUUGUUGUUCGUGCACCGACAAGGCGCCAACACGCACACGCGACAUCCGUUGCGGCGUGAGGUGUCGGGGGUGCGCACACUGGCUUUUAUCUUUCAAACGCUGCCAAUCCUGCACACGUGGGUCCUCAAGCUCAAGCUCCACGAGACCAUCCAUGGCCUCUUUGCAUUCGUCGCCGAACUCCUCAUUGUCAUGUGUCUGUUUAUCGCGGCGCUGUCGUCCCGGAGUACGUUUGGCGCUCUUUACUACUUUCUGCUCACAGGUCGACUGGCCAUUUGGUCGUUCUGGCUGCCACGACACCACAUAUUGCAUCACCAAAACACACAACUCCCCACGCCUGGCCGUCCCGUGGAGGUUGUGCAGUCGCCGCCGAUGCUUAAGGAAACCGCGGCGUCGGCCGCGUCCAACCAAGACGGCUUCGUCAACGAAGCGGCAAUCAUGAUGGUUGCACGGCCAGCGACGGAACCCCAACUACGUUCAACGAGCGACGGUAGUCCCAUAGAAGCUCGGAUGACCACGGACCAAGAGUCGCAUGCAGCGAUGGCGCAGAAUAAUGUUCCAUGCUACGUGCCACCGCCCCCACACCCGUUAGUGAACAAGCUCAUCGUCCGAGGGCUACUCGUAUACACGUUCAGCGUGCUCAUCUUCCUCCACGUGUAUCAGUACCCAGUCCUGCACAAGCAUAGCGCGGUCCGCGUCAUUGGCAAGUACACUGGGGCGUUUGUGCUGCCAGGGACGGUCGCUGACAACUGGCUCGACUACAUCUUUCUUACUGCCAUUGUCGGACUCUACGUCUCUCUUGCGAAGAUGCGGUCGUUCUACGCGUCGUACGAAGUCUUGCCGCUCCGGGUGGACCCGCCGAGUCGCCAUUUUCAAGCGCCGGUCGUGAUGCGUGUGCUGCGAAAUGAGUUGAUCGCUGCAUGUCUUGGCAUGUUUUGGGCCAUCUCGUAUCCGUCGUACGCGAGUUUGGGGCUGUUUGCUCUGUCGCUUUUGACUCUAGCGACCCACGGGUUGAAAACUCAGCGCCUCGCUACGCUUCAGCCGAUCGUGCUGUCGCUCACGACACUCUACGCGGUGUGCACAGGGCUGGUGCAGUACACUCUGAUGAUGCCUGCGCUGCAACCUGUCGUAUCAACGCCCGACCUGGCUUUGGACGGACACACUCACGUCGACUUGGCCAUUCAAAAUGCCGUUCUUGUGUCUUUGUGCUUGUGCCAACGAGCGCGCGUUCGAUACGCCCGACCUGUCGGCGACGCAAGUGCCCCCACACCCGCCGAACCCCCAUCGCCCCAUCGCCUCACCUUUCUCAACGACACGUGGAAUGCGUACUACCACGUCAUGCAAUUGUGGUGCGUGGAUGCCAAGGGCGCCUUCCUACGCCACGUUGACUCGAUGGUGCUUUUUACAAUCUACGUCGUUGUUCUCAGCACAUCGGUCAACUUGUUUCAAACGGGAUCGCUCGUUCUUGCCACGUAUCUGGCGCUAUUCCACCACCACCGACGGCGCCUCUGGCGCGUGCUGCUGGUCUACACGCUGGCCGUGUGCCUGACGCUGUACACUUGGAACAUUUCGUGCCCGUCCUCGACAGCACUACAUGAGCUCGUGGGGCUGACAGCCACCUUGACGACACUGUGGGGGGCCCCGCUCUUCAAUGCCCAGCUCAUUCUGAUCGCGCAAGUCGUCCUGCAGCUCGUCAUUUACACGCGAAAAUGGCACACCUGCGCGCCAGACACAACGCGGCUCCCCAUUUACUUUGUCUCGCGGUGCACGACCGAGAUCGACCGCGUGUUUCGCGUCGGAGGCGUCGUCGUUUGCUACGUCGUCCUUCUCGCACAAGCGUUUACGUGGGAGGUACGUCGGGGCGGCCACGUGACGAUCGUCGGGCUCGUCCAGCUGGUGCUGUUCCUAGCGCUCGUUGAUUCGCACGUGACCAACCUGUGGCUCUUUCCACGCGGGACGGCGCAUUAUCGAAAGUUGUGGCGCGUUGUGCUUGUCGUGCAGCUUCUUGUGGUCGUGUUGCGAUACUUGUACCAGUUUGCGCCGGUCUCGAACGCGAUCUUGACGCACUGGCUGCCCCCGUUCUGCACGAUGGAUGACGUCGGGUUUGAAUCGCUGUCGUCGACAACGCAUUUGUCCAACUUGUUUGGUUACUUGUUUCCCACCGUUCUCAUGGCGGGGUUGGCGGCGUGGCAGAUCGCCAGCAUGAACCAGCCCGUGGUCCCCAUCACGAUGCCGGUGCAAUUUCAAAAGGAAUGGGUGUGGUUGUGUCGCGCCAUGUCGCGGAGCUCUGUCGCGAUUGUCGCCCUCGCGAUGCUCUUAGCGACCGACACGAUCAACUUGAUGGGGUUUCUGUACUACCUCAGUGCCAUCUACGCCGUCCUCAAUCGCAAAUUCAUGGCAGCGUGGCCGUAUUUAUUCACGGCGUCCUGUGUGGUCUUGCUCGGGACGUACGUCCUUCAGCUCAACUUGGUCUGGUUCGACACCGCCAACACAACCGAGACUCGGCAGUGGCUGCGGUUGCCUCCGCCAGAUGACUCCGUGACUUUAUGGACAACAAGCUGCGUGCCUCUAUUGAUGAUUGGGCUCUGUGCGCUACAGCGCGUCGGGGCCCUCUUCGAGCCGACAUUCCCACCGAACUGCAGUCCAACAUGGCUCGAGCUUAUGUAUGCAAACCACGUCGUUCCGCUCUUCACUCGCGACACCAGCGUCACGUUGCUCAUGCUUGCUCUCCUCGUAUCGUGCUUCGUCCAUCUCAACGCCGUGUCCAUUGUGUACAUGGUCGUCGUGCGAUGCGUGAUGCUGACCGACUGGAACGAGCCCAAGGUGCACCAGACGUACGUUCGUGUCUUGACGGGGGUACUUGUCGGGGUUUCGAUCGUCCAGUACCUCCUGCUGUUGUGGUUUCCGGCGUGGCUGGUGGUCCCAUCGGCGAAGCUGCCGCCGUGGACUUGGCUCGACACGCCGUACCAAGCUUGGCUCAUGCUGUCUUUCCAAAACAAGUGGUCCCUCGUGGCAGACUUUACCUCGUUAUUCGCUCUGCACUUGAUCCCGCCGCCGCCAGCCGCACCAGCUUCCGCUGGAGCAGCCACAUGUGAUGCCACACUCCCCGUGGAUCCAGCUGGCCAUGCAGACGUGACAAUUGCACCUGCACUUGCACCGACGACGCCACCCUUGUCGCUCCAAGUAUUUGUGGCCAAUUACUCGAUCUCGGUCGUGUUGGUGGGGGUGUUUAUCACGGGGUGCGCCCAGUUCGGCGUCGCGUCCGGCCUGUACCUUGGCUGGUCCAUCUACAUGCUUUUUCACCUGGACCGGUUGGACUGGCAGCCCAUCUUGCUCGAGUCGUUGCAAGCGUACAACUGGUUCUACCUCCUCCUUCUCGUCGUGUACCAGUGCCCUUUGUUCAACGAUAUCACGCAGACAUGCACGCUCGGGACCAACCAACCUCUUGGCGACGGAAUCUGUUUGUCCGUGCCAGUUGCUCUAGGCCUGUACAAGGCCCCCCGGUCGCUCGACACGGCGACCAUCGGCUCUGCUACUCCAUCGACUUCGACCAUGCUUUCCAUCGCGAUUUUCGUCAUGAUUGCGAUUCAAAUGCAAGUAUUUGCAUCGGCCCCAUAUCGACUCGUCCUGGAGAGCCACCGCCGCGACCAAGAGCGAUGUCUCAAGCGCGGGUAUGCCAUGAACGACCACUUGGCCAAAGUCCGCAUCCAGCAGUGGCGUCAUCUUAAGCUUGAAAAGCAAGCUGCGAUCCAGCGGCUUAAAGCGAUCGUGUCUAAGUUGGUCAACAAGGUCGAAGAAAUGAUGGACAUUGCUAUGGGGCUGCACUACUCGCUGCCCCCAAUGGCCCCCCACCGCCCGAGGGUCGUGUCCACGACGCAAAAUUCCAUCACCCUGUCGUGGGACGCACCCGAGUCCAAGAUUCAUAAAAUCCGAGGGUACCGCAUCUCGCGGCAAACAUGUCCGUCCAUGACGCUCUUGGGGGACUUUGGUGACGUUGUGAGCGUCCCAGCCAGCCAAACGAUGGCCGAAAUCCACGGCCUUCGGCCUGGAACGAGCUAUCAGUUCAAGGUCGCUGCCGUGUCUCGCAUGGGCGAAGGGCCGUUCAGUGUGGCCAGCGAACCUGCAGCGACCGUUGAAUUGGACUGGGGGGAUGCGUGCACUGCAGGGUGGUUGAAAGCGCACCGAACGAUCGAUCACAAGAGCAACUGGAUGCAUUACGCCAAGUUGUUCAUGCCUUGGGCAGUCCCGACAACAUACAGCCAGCGCUACGUUAUCGUGGAUGCAAUGUCGAUCACGUUCUACAAGAGUGAAGUGCUUGCGAUUAAACAUCGCCGCGGCGCGGACAAGGCGCGGGUGAAGCGUAGGCCGGGGCUGCCGCCUCGCCACCCAAACAAAGCCACUGGAGCGGCUGGCACGAAGCAGUAUCCGUCGUACUUGCUGUCCCACGUGACGCGGCUAGACUUGUCCGAACAUCAGCUCCGGCUUGAUGAAAUGUCACCGCUUUUGUACUGCAUGGAGCUGACGAUUGCGCAUGCCAAGGGGCCGGACAGCAUUCAUUUUUCCUUUCAACCAGAAAACGCCGCGCAGUUUGACCGGUGGAUCGUCGCGCUGAUGUUUGUUGUGCCGCCACAAUCGUUGGGGGCCCGGUUGCUCGCCUACCGACAAGCUCAAAACUUGGCUUUUCCCGAGCGGAUCAUGCAGGCGAUUCUGGCCCCGAGCACGUGCCUGGAUGAAAGCAGCGCCAAGGUCGGUACGGACAAGGUGGCGGCGGCGCCGCGGACAUUCCCUUCCGCCAAACUGUCACGGUGGAUCGACCCAGUCACGCAGCGUGCAAUCUACGCGAAUGCUUAUCGCCUCUUUUGGUCCUUGCAAGACAGCGCGCUGCAGGGAGAGAGCAUUGCAUGCCCAGACGACAUCGAGUCGGACGAAUUGCCUUCGUGGACGGAAUUCCGAGUCGUCGUCACGCACGCCAUUCGCAGCCAUAGCGCCAAACUGUGCUACGCGGCAUUUGUCGCGGCAUUUUCGCGCCAAGGUGACGCGCUCAAUGUGGUGUAUGUGGCCGUUCUGUUUGGGGUCCUGUUGUGCGAGAACCCUCGUCCGCGCGCCGCCCUUUGGAAAUGGGUCUUGAAAUACUCGUUUGCCGUGGUGCUUGUGCGGUACAUGUUUCAGCUGCCGUUCUUUUGUCAUCAUUACACAGUCCACCACACCUUGUAUCCCAGCUUCCAGCCGUUCUGUCCGGUGACCCUACUGAAUGCCACGACAACCGCCAGAGUCCAACCCAUCGUGCUGCUGGGCUUGUACAAGUUUGACGGGUCCGCCAAUGGUGAUGUCAACUCGACUUUCCAGGGACUCCAGUGGAACUUUGUCGUGAUUUGCUCCAUCUUGUUUCAUCGGCGAGAACUCCAAGCUCGCGGGUUUUGGGUCUAUCCAGGCAACGAAGCGCUCCAGUGGACGCGGACGGCGCUGUGGAAGCGACUGUUUCAGUCGCGGCGAUCGUUUCAAUUCGACGACAUGGGAGGGGAUGCGCUGCAACAAAACCCGGUGGUCAUUCCCGACGUCCAGCAAGUUGACGACGUCGAGCAUGCGGACCGCAUGUCGCGCCUCGACUCCAAGGACUCGCUUGACGAACGUGACUUUGAGCUGGCCGACUACCUGGCCAAGAAAAACAAUGAGCCGAAAGCAAGCAAAAGUAGAAGCGACUCCAACACCGCCAACCCGCCUCCAUCGCGCCACACCGCGCAGAAGGCGUCCAUGGACUUGACGUGCCACCUCGAACGACUUCUCGAGAACGAAUCGCCACUACCGCCGGUGGUUUUGAACCCCAUGGCUCCUUCCUUUGACCACGACGACGACAGCGAUGACACCAGUGACGACGAAGCGACUCCUCAAAUUGUCACGGUGUCGGCUAAACCCACAGACAAAGGCAAGCAUUUGAGCGCAAUGGACAGCGGUGAGAUUGGUCGCCAACACGACGUUGCGCUGGCGUCGCCUCUGUUCCCCCGUGACCAGCAGCAGGAACUCGGAAAGAAGAGCCGCUUUCAAUCGUGGCUCUCGAAGCAUAUGCCCAGUUGGAUGGUGGAGUAUUACGGCGCGCUACUGCCACGGCCGCCGGUCCAUUGGGACCGAGACAUCAAGUGUGCCGUGGCGGGCGCCAAGCCCGGUCGAGACUACGUUUUGCCAUCGUUUGCGCUCCACGUCGUCAUCUUGGCGUACACCGUGCUGUUCUUUCAAAAGUUUGGCAACGCGGUCGAAAUGACCGCGCUGUUUUCAAUCACGUCGACGUUUGAAACAUCGCUCUUGUCUGGGUACAUGGUCGGCCUCGUCUUCUUCCACGUGAUACUGGUGCUAUGGGACCGCGUGUCGUACGUGUACAGCUCGUUGGAGUCCAAGUUGUGGUGCCACUACUUUAUGCUCGUGGGCGUCCACGUUGUCGUGUGGCUCGUGUUGCCGUUGCACACGGGGGUGUACUUUCACGCGAGCCCGUCCUUGGUCGUGCUGUACCUGCUCCAGUGCGCCGCGAUGGGGGUCAGUGCCGCCCAACUCAAGCACGGCUACGUCGUGUUUCGCGGGAAUCCGUUUAGCCUCCGCCACGCGACCAAGCUGUCCAAGACUCUGUUUAGCGUUUACAUGGCGAUCCCGUUUGCGUUUGAAAUUCGCACCCUCCUGGACUAUCUUUGUUCGACGACGGCGCUUGACAUGCAGUUGUGGCUUGUCCUGGAAGGCAUUGGUGCCCACUUAUUUCUUGUCAAGCUCCAGAUGGAAGGCCGCGUCCAAGAUGGUUUCACGUUGCAGGGAAACCAGCGGCAACCGUGGCAAGCCAAAUUCAAAUCGGCCGGCGUCUACUUUGUAGCUCUCGUCGUGUGUCUCCUGGCGCCGAUGGUCAUGUUUCGCACGGCCAACCCCACGACGAUCCGCAACCCCGUGCAGCACGCGACCAUCACGUUUGGGCUCCUUCAGCCCGACGGGACGUUCCAGCAGUUCUACAAUAGCGAGGAGAACGAGAGUCCAGCGACGCAAAAAGUCGUCGUCGCCAACGUCGAGACCUACGUCCAGCAAGUGUCGUUCAUGGAGUUUUCCAACGACAUGUGGAGCAGCUCGCCGCCGCCUCAUGGCGCGACUAAACUCGACGGAAGGGAUUCAGUGGCGGAUGACGAUUGCAUUCAUGCGGGCGGCCCCCGAGGGCCAACAAUUGGUGACGUACGAUGUCGUGUCCCCCAUAACACCCAAGCAACGCACGAAGCUCAUGCGGAUGAUGGACGUGUCCCUGCCGGACGAAAUCACUUCCAACAGCCUCAAUUCAGAAGUCCUGAUCAUUCCCGCCAUGUACCCACCCGUGUUGAAUGUCCCAGCGGCCAACUCGCCAACGGCUCGGGCACCGUACAUCCCCCGCGCGAUUCAGAUCCAGCGGUCCACAGAAGUGAGCGGGAGUUUCUGGACGCUGUCGUCCGCCGAUUCCAUAGCGUAUGCAAACAGUACGGGGCUUGUGGACAACUCGACCACGAUUGCGUGCGAAGUGCAGGGGCUCUGCUUCGUCAUCGUGUCGGACAACAUCGUGGCGGGGUUGAAGACAUUGGGGAUUGGCACGUACGGCCUCACGGCCACCUAUGUCUUUGUCAUCUUUACCAUCGGGGGCUACGUCAAGAACGCGUUGCGCGGGUCCGUCAACGACGUGUUGUACCAGGAAUUGCCCAACCCAGACGACUUGAUGGACUUGGUCGAGGGAAUCUACAUUGCCCGGAAGGAAGAGUACAUUGGCCACUUGAAAGACGAAGCGCGCCUCUUUGAGACGUUGAUACGUGUGCUGCGGUCCCCCGAGACCAUGCUCAAAGUGACCGGUCCCAACAUCAUCCACAUCCCGACUGUCAAGGAAAAGAUCGAUUGAAGUGGGGCAUGCGUGAUCGACGGCAUGGAACGA